AUGGUUGCUGAAAACGGUAGUAGUACAGGAAGUUCUGUUAUGUCUUCAUGGGAUAAUGAAGACUUUUGCAAUGAUAUAAAUAAUGAUAACAGUUAUGGUCAUUCAAAAAUUCAGAAUGAUUCUAUUCAAAAUAAUAAUAUUUUAGUUGUUCCCCAAUCUAAACCAUCACCAAACGAUCAUUUAUUGAAACAUGAAUUUUUGUUAUCAUCUUUUGUUAAAACACCAGAAGUUGAAUGGGAUAAUUAUGAACAUCUUACUACACCAAUUGCUAUAUUCAAAUCAUGGGAACAAUUUUGGAGAGUAAUUUUACAUAUGCAAAGACCAACAGAAAUAAAAUCACGUUGUUAUAUUCAUAUUUUUAAAGAUGGAAUAAAACCAUUAUGGGAAGAUCCUGGUAAUGUAUAUGGUGGACGUUUUAUGAUAACAUAUAAAAAAAAAGAUACAUUAGCAGAUUUACAUUGGGAAAAAAUGUUACUAGCAUUUUUAGGAAGUAAUUUUCAUGAUUCUUUAAUAUCAGGAAUAGUAUUAUCCGUUAAAAGAAAUAAUUUAGUAAUAUCCGUAUGGGUAAAUGAUGCUAAUAAGAGAGAAAAAUUAAAUAACCUGGUAUUUGAUUUAAAAACAUACUUAGAUCUUGAUGACGAUACUCGUAUACGUUUCAUGAAACAUAAAGAAGAUACUUUUGUACAUUGUUUUUAA